AUGAAGGAGACUCUCUUCUUCAUCCUUGACUUCUUAUUGGGAGGAUACUUGACUUCCACAUCACCUGUAUCAGGCCAGGAUUUGAUAUUACAAACACCCCAAAAACCAAUUCCCCUAUCUUCUUCAUCUCCUUCGCUAUGUCAGAAUACACCAAUAUCUCGUAAUUGUUGGGGCGAAUACAGCACCGAUACAGAUUAUUAUACAACGUUUCCCGAGACUGGCAACACGGUGGAGAUAUGGCUCUCUGCAGAGGAGACUCUUUGCAGCCCAGAUGGCUACGAGCGACCUUGCAUGACGUUCAACGGCACCGUUCCAGGACCACUGAUCACCGCCGACUGGGGUGAUAACCUCGUUAUUCAUGUGACUAACAACAUGAAAUCUAAUGGCACAUCCGUUCACUGGCAUGGUAUACGGAUGCUCAACAACACACAGAACGACGGAGUACCCGGAAUAUCACAAUGCCCAAUCGCGCCAGGGGAAACUUACACGUACAAGUUUAAGGCUACCCAAUACGGGACAACCUGGUACCACAGUCACUUUUCCCUACAGUACGCGGAAGGUCUGUGGGGUCCUAUGAUAUUGAGAGGGCCGGCUACGGCCAACUACGACGAAGACCUCGGCACACUUGUCCUUCAGGACUGGUCUCACACUCCUAUAUUUGGCGCGUGGGCUAAUAAGCAGGAAUGGGGUAUCACGCACGAACUCGAUAACAUAUUAAUCAAUGGCACAAACACGUUCGACUGCUCGGGUAUGUCAGACCCCAAAUGUACCGGCAACGGAAAGAAGUUUGAGGCUGUUUUCCAGCAUGGCAAGAAAUACCUAAUUCGGGUGUUCAACGUCGCUAUCGACAGUUACUUCAACUUCCACAUCGAUGGGCAUAACUUCACGGUGGUCGCCGCUGAUUUCGUUCCCAUCCAACCGUACGAGACAAACAGCAUCAUGAUCAGUUCCGGUCAGCGGUACGAUAUCAUCGUCGACGCGAACGCUGAGCCGGGAGAUUACUGGCUACGUAGUGGAUGGGCACCGGCGAGUACUUGCCAGGGCGUUGCCAACAGUCAUCCUGAUGACGGCACUGGCAUAAUUCGAUACGAGCGCAAGUUGAUGAGCACGGGAGAUCCGACUACUACUGACAUAGUUGACAUCCCGAAGACUUGCCACGAUGAGCCGCCUGAGCGCCUGGUCCCCUAUGUGAAACGCGACGUGGGCACUAUUGUUGACACCACGGUCGAGGACGUCAACGUGCGGUUUAUCCACUCCGGAAUGUUUAAAUGGACCAUCAAUAGUAGCUUCUUGGAUAUAGACUGGUCCGAGCCGACGUUGAAGAAAGCUCUGCACGAGUCUUCGUCGGCUACAUUUCCGUCGGAGUACAAUGUUUUGCCCCUGAAUAAAACGGAUGAUGCCGAAGACCAGUGGGUAGUCAUCGUAAUUGAGAAUGCUGCCGUUGUUUUGUAUGGAGGAAUCUCGCAUCCCAUCCACUUCCACGGCCACGACUUCUACAUACUAGCACAAGAAGCGCGCCAGUGGGACGGGAAGACCGAUUCCUUCCAAUUCCAGAACCCGCCAAGGCGCGACACGGCCAUGCUUCCCGCUCACGGUUAUCUCGCCGUCGCGGUGCAGCUGGACAAUCCGGGAGCUUGGCUCGUCCACUGUCACAUCGCGUGGCACGCGUCCAUGGGCCUGGCGCUGGAGAUCCUGGAGAGCGCGGAUUCGAUCGCGGUUAGUGGCGCGGAAAGGAAAGCUCUUGGUGAUACUUGCGCGUCGUGGUCUAGCUGGUGGGAUGCGCCUGCGCCGUGGCCGAAGGAGGAUUCUGGGGUAUAG